CCAUGAGCACCGGCGUUUCGAGAGUUAUUCCGAGCAAUGUUCGGAAAACGAUUGACGAUAUAAAGGAGAUCGCCGCCGGCAAGCACACCGAUGAAGACAUCUACGCAAUGCUUAAGGAAUGCAAUAUGGAUCCCAAUGAUACCGCUCAGAAGCUUUUAUAUCUCGAUACUUUUCAUGAGGUGAAAAAGAAACGAGACAGAAAGAAAACAAAAGCCAGCAGCCAAACGUCUGACGAUUACAGGUGGAUGUCAGGCAUGCAGAGAAGGGCUAGGGAUGGUCGUGAGAUAAUUUCUGCAAAUUACAUCACUGAUAGUAAAUAUGGGACUUCAACCGAGGAUGCCAGUGGCAGAAGAUACAUUAAGAAAGAAAAUGGAGUUAAUAGUUCGAAGGAUAGAAUUUCUAAGGUCUCCAUGCCACCUGCACGUAAAACAGAAGAUGCUAGUAUACAUCCUAGCAAAGAAUUUGCUGUUGAGGUUGCUGGAGAUGAUCCUAGUCAUGUCAGUAGAGUUACUUCAUUUGUUAAUGUAAAUAAGUUGGCAAAAGUUUCAACUAUACCUCCUAAUUUAAUAAAUCAUCAUCUGAACUUGGAUCCUGGCCCCACUCCUACUCCCACCCCCACCUUUGCACCUGGAACCAGAUUUAAAGAUAAAGUUUUCAUAUCGAUACCUAAUGAGCUUGUGAAAAGCACAACUUCAGGAUCAGUUUCUGGUGUCUACUCUUCUUCAUCGGAUCCUGUGCUAGUGCCAGCCUUGAACCCACGAAAUCCAGUAACAGUUGGUACGAUAAAACGUGAGAUAGGUAGCCAGCGCACUGUUACCGACUCCACUGUGUCUCCUGCGAAUGAGGGAACAUCAGAUGCUUGUCAAGAUGCUCCACAAAAUACUCAUGCAGUCACUAGAACUGUAAACUACAUAAACACAACUGGGUCAAAAGAAUCCUGGGAAGUUUCAGUCACUGCCAUACAACCAGUUGCAAUCAAUAAUGAAAGUCAGCAUUCCAAACAAGUUAAGGUUCAUUCAGGAGUAUUGCCAUCUCAGGCAGCAGCUGUUGCAAAGGGAGACAAUUUACCAUCAGUUUCUAAACCAAAUUCUUCUGUGGAACAAGCAGUUCCACAGCUUGACAUGAAGUUAGAGAAGUUAAAUGUCUCUGCCCGUUGUCAACCUGUUAUUUUUCCGAAUAAUCUUCAAGUACCUGAAUCUUUUAGGAGCGGAUUGACUUUCGGUAGUUUGGAUCCUCAAUUGGAUCACAGCAUAAGCUGUGGCAAAGACUCGAUGCCUGUGGAGACUGUUCCAGCUAAUGAUACUACUUCCAUGGAACCUGGGAGCUACGAAGAUGCAUCUUCAGCAGCUCAGAGAGGUGAUUAUCCUGACAAUCUGCUGUCGCACCAACAUGGAUCUGAAAAUAUAGCACCUUUUGAAGUAUCUGAUGCUUCUCCUGUGUAUGAUCGGUCAAAGCCGGAGAAAUGUCCACCUUCUGCAGGCUCACAAUUGCCACUUCUCCAGACUCCUGAUUACAGCUUGGGUUUUGUACCACCCAUGCUUGGGCCCCAUCUUGUGUGUACUGAGGGACCAGAACAGCAGGGUGGGAAUUCUCAAGCUCCUUCAACAUUGGGCUCUAAUCAACCUGUGGCUCAAGCCAUAGGCCUUGGGCAGAGUUCUGUUAGCGUUCCUCCACAUUUGUUUCCUUUAGUACGCCAACCAUUUCCUCCUAAUUAUAUGCCGUAUAACCCUUACAUUCCCCACCUUUACAUGCCACAGAGUUCCCACCAGUUUUUGGGCCCGAGUGGAUUCCCUCAGCAGCCUUCUCCUGCCAACUUUUAUAUGUCACCAUCAGUUACUGCUGCUGGUGUCAAAUUACCACUUCCAUCCCUAUACAAACCAGCAGCUAUUGCUGGAAACUUGAACCACUUUGGCAUCCCUACUGGCUACAGUUCAUAUGGGUCAUCAACUGUCUCAUACAGUGGAACUCCAGCUCUAGUUUGUUCUGCUAGCAAUGAAAAUCUCACUACACCUGAUCUGAAAGAAAAGAAUGUCUAUUCCAUGCACAAGCAGAGUGAAGAUUCCCAUUACACAAACUCUGCACCUGGACGUGAUCAAUCAAUGCUUCAGACCAAUUAUUUUUACAACAUCCCUCAGGACCAGCACAUUGCUGUUGCGCCAGCACACUCUUCCAAUAGCUCUUUUCCUGGAAUUAAUGCAUCUCAGACAAUAGUUGCACAAUCUAAUGUUCAAGCCCUAGCCCAGCAACCUCAAACUGUAGCCAGAUCAGGUGAUUCUGGCCUUCCUACAUCUGGUGCUUUUCAACAACCUCAAGCUAAUAUUCAUUGGAAUAACAAAUUGCUGAAUAGAGAAAACGUCUAAGAAUAAAGACCAUAGAUAUGUUUACUGUUUACAUCACCCAAGUAUGUAGUAUAGACAUCACUGAUAGACCAAAGCCGUUC